UCAGAGACGGACCCAGAGAGAGUUUUCUCAUUUGUCAUUGUGGUGCCGAAACGGGAGUUUGACGGCGCCAGCUGAAGAAAGACCGGCCAUGCUCCGCAUUUCAGCAAACUUCCACUAAAAACAUGACAGUUCCCUCAUCGGCCGUGUAGGCGCGCCACGACGCGCCUUUCGCGGACCCAGCCCAGCGCGUCCGCCUGCAGUUCUACUUCGAUGCGUAAGAGUUUGAGGGCUUUGGCCGCCGAGUGAGCAGGCACCGGGGAAGAAUCGGCUGCGUUAUGGAGCUAGAAAGGAGCAGGCAGCGUUUGAAGCAAAUCCUGGAGAAGCCUGGGAACGGAAACUGCGCCGACUGCGGAGCUGCAGUCCCAGAGUGGGCAUCCUACACCCUGGGUGUGUUUGUGUGUCACACCUGCUCGGCCCUCCACAGAAACAUCGCACAGAUCAGCAAGGUCAAAUCCGUCCUUCUGGAUCCCUGGAGCUCCUCUCAGCUGGAGUUUAUGGACUCCACGGGAAACAACGCAGCCAACGCCAAAUAUGUGCAGACGGUUCCCGCCUUCUACUACCGUCCCACAUACAAGGACUGCAUGCUCCUGCGGGAUCAAUGGAUCCGAGCCAAGUACGAGAGGAAGGAGUUCAUGUCAGUGGAGAAGCAGGAGCCCUACUCGGCAGGCUACAGGGAAGGGUUUCUAUGGAAACGAGGCAGAGACAACGGACAAUACCUCAGUCGAAAAUUCAUUCUGUCCGAACGGGAGGGCGUUCUGAAGUAUUUCAACAAGAACGAUGCCAGAGAGCCCAAAGCGAUAAUGAAGAUCAAUACUGUGAAUGCCACUUUCCAGCCGGCUAAAAUUGGCACUUCCCACGGCCUGCAGAUAACCUAUUUGAAGGACAACAGCACCAGGAAUAUCUUUGUAUACCACGAGGAUGGAAAGGAAAUGGUGGACUGGUUCAACGCCAUCAGAGCCGCCAGGUUUCACUACCUGCAGGUGGCUUUUCCUGGGGCUCCCACCUCUGAGCUGCUGCCAAAACUAACGAGGGACUAUAUAAAGGAGGGUUACAUGGAGAAGACUGGUCCGAAGCACACAGAGGGUUUCAAGAAGAGGUGGUUUACGAUGGACGACAGGAGGCUCAUGUACUUCAAAGAUCCACUGGACGCCUAUGCACGGGGCGAGGUGUUCAUUGGCAGUAAAGACAACGACUACACUGUGCUUCCCGGCCUUCCUCCCAACAUUCCAGGCACCCAUUGGCCAUUUGGAAUCACCAUAGUGACCCCGGACAGGAAGUUCCUGUUCGCGUGCGAGACCGAAGAGGAUCAGAAAGACUGGAUCACGGCAUUUCAGACAGUUAUCAACCGACCCAUGAUGCCUCAGGAGUAUGCAGUGGAGGCUUAUUUUAAGCACAAACCGUGAUAGUCCGAGGAACUGUCUACCUGCCGGCCGUCCUUGCAUCCUCACUUACAUUGUGUUUCCAGAAGCAUUUCUUGGGGAGUCGUGAACGUUAGCCUUAACUCACUCAUCGGUUAAUGUGAUGCGACUUUCGUACUUGAAAGGAGGACGGCCCCCCGUGACCUGAAUGUGCACGACUCAAAUAUGUAUGCCUUUCUUCUGUAGGAGUCAGAAUUGUUGCUGCUCACGUGUUCAGAAAUAUAAGGAUAUAUAGAUAUAUAUGUGUAUUACUGAAACUGAAAAGUGUCACACUUCUGACAGUUACAUGCAAACUAAAACAAAAUGCUCUGACACCAGACUGUAUAAGUCAUCCAGGAGCUACACACAUUAUUAUACAUGAUAUAAUGGGUACAGUUCUAUUUAAUUUUCAGUGUAUUUAUUUUUAUUUUUUAACAGCACAACUAGCUAAAUGCAACAUUUAAUGUUAUAAUGCCUUCUUCACCGCAGGUACAAUAAGCUAUUUAGCAUUGUAUUCGUACAUAUUUAAUCAACUAAUGGUGUUUUUUUUCCCCAAAGCUAUUUAACAGUUGUGGUGCCAUUAUACAUUUAUCCAGCAGAUGGAGACAUAUGCAAGUUUUGAAAGCUCCAGUAACCUGACUAAGCAAGUGAUUACAGGUCUACAUAAGUACUUAAUUUGUGCAUGAGGUGAAGAGAGGGGGUGUUUCUGAGUAGCACAAUGACAAGGUGAUGACCCCCCCCCCAAACCUGGAGCGCUUGAGCAAAGCCAACAAACGUGUGCGCGCACCUCUCCUGCGUUCGAGUUUCUGAACAGGAAUGCCGACUUCACUGCAUGAGUUUGUGAAAUGCGUAUUAAAAAAAGUGUAAAUGUCACACA